AGGGCCACCGGAGCGCGCAGGGCCUGCAGCCUUUGUCCGAUGGGGCUCUCAGGGAUAUGGGCGGUGGCGCCCCCAGCGCAGCCUACGGCCCACAGAGGCCCGGGAGGGGUAGGUCCCGAGGGUCCCAGGAGAGCAGGGCCGACCUGCAUUCGCGGGCGGCGCCGGAAUCUGCUGCGGGAGGCGUGACCAGCGGCCGGCAUCCAUCCAAUGGGGAAGCGGCCACGCCCACUGCGCACGCCUAUGCGGGAUGGUUUAAAUUCCCGGCGCCGCCGGGCGGGGCCUUCCAGGACCUGCGCGCAACCCCACCUCGCCGAGCCGUACGCAGCCAUGCUCUCCGUCCGCGUCCCUCUCGCCACCAUCGCUGACCCGCAGCAGCAGCAUCCCCUCCAGCUCUCGCCUAUGAAGGGGCUCAGCCUGGCGGACAAGGAGAACACUCCCCCGUCCCUCAGCGGGACCCGCGUACUGGCCAGCAAGACCGCGAGGAGGAUCUUCCAGGAGCCCGCCGAGCCGCAGAACCCUAAGCUAUGUGCCCCCAGUGUGGAGGAGGAACCACUUCUGAAAGAAAACCCCCGCCGCUUUGUCAUCUUUCCUAUCGAAUACCAUGAUAUUUGGCAGAUGUAUAAGAAAGCUGAGGCUUCCUUUUGGACAGCUGAGGAGGUGGACCUUUCCAAGGACAUUCAGCACUGGGAAGCCCUGAAGCCCGAGGAGAGAUAUUUCAUUUCGCAUGUUCUGGCUUUCUUUGCAGCAAGUGAUGGCAUAGUAAAUGAAAACUUGGUGGAGCGGUUUAGCCAAGAAGUUCAGAUUACGGAAGCCCGUUGUUUCUAUGGCUUCCAAAUUGCCAUGGAAAACAUCCAUUCUGAAAUGUAUAGUCUCCUCAUUGACACUUACAUUAAAGAUUCCAAAGAAAGGGAAUUUCUCUUCAACGCUAUUGAGACAAUGCCUUGUGUAAAGAAGAAGGCAGAUUGGGCCUUGUGCUGGAUCGGGGACAAAGAGGCGACGUAUGGAGAACGUGUCGUAGCCUUUGCUGCAGUGGAAGGAAUCUUCUUUUCUGGUUCUUUUGCAUCGAUAUUCUGGCUCAAAAAACGAGGUCUGAUGCCCGGCCUCACAUUUUCCAAUGAACUUAUUAGCAGAGACGAGGGUUUACACUGUGACUUUGCCUGUCUGAUGUUCAAACACCUGCUACACAAACCUUCGGAGCAGAGAGUCAAAGAAAUAAUCGUCAAUGCAGUUAGGAUAGAACAGGAGUUCCUCACGGAGGCCCUGCCAGUGAAGCUCAUUGGGAUGAACUGCACUUUGAUGAAGCAGUACAUCGAAUUCGUGGCAGACAGACUUAUGCUGGAGCUGGGUUUUAGCAAGGUUUUCAGAGUAGAAAAUCCAUUUGACUUCAUGGAGAAUAUUUCACUGGAAGGGAAGACUAACUUCUUUGAGAAGAGAGUAGGCGAGUAUCAGAGGAUGGGAGUGAUGUCCAGUCCGACAGAGAAUUCCUUUACCUUGGAUGCUGACUUCUAAGUGAGCUGAAGAUGUGCUCUUAUUUUGCUGAUUUUUCUUUUUUUCCUUCUCAUCAAAAGAGAAAAAAAUCAGCUACUUGAACUGUAUUAACCAGCUACACCAUAAAUCGCCCAUAAUGUUCAUUAAUGGUAUGUUUAAAACUGUGUAGCUACCUCAAAAUCAAUCCUGUUAAUGCUAGUGGGGUCACCUAGAUUGAAAGCGUAGACAGAAGCUACUGGGAUUCUUACGAAAGAUCUUGUCCAUGUUUGGCGUUUGCAAGCAGGCUGGCUGUGCAUGACUUCACCCUGGCUCUUAACAGCACCUUCCUUGGCCUCAAAGUGUGGGGAGUCAAGCAAGUUUGAUCCAGCAGGAUUAAACAGUUACUACCACAAGGCAGUAGGAAGACAUCAGACUCACUGCUUCAGAUUUUAAAGCAGAUUUUAAAGUUUACUUAUGAUUUGUAUAUAUAACUGGCACUUUACACACAAAUAAACAUAGUUUGUACUGUCAGGGUGAAGGCUUGAUUUAACCUAAAUUUGUUGGUUUCUACACCAAAUGCAAAAAGUAUUCUGUUUACCACUAACGGGAGCCAAUUCAAGAUUUACUAGGUGAUCAAAGUAGGUUAAGCCUGUGUAAACUAAGGGUGUUAUUUUUAUUCUUUCUUUUCUUUGAUGAAUUGAAGAGCUUUUUAACUCAAUCCUGUGCACACUUAGGUAUCCGUAUCAGCCAGUUGGUGCCACACAGAACCCAGGUUGGGUUUGGGUUCUGUAGCCCAUGUUGAGUAUUGCGGGAUAAGAGAUGCGGAGAAAGGAGACUCUUAACUUAGGUCAUUAGGAACUGAAGUGUGAUCCGGACUCACUGUGGGUAACCUGGGAGUGCAUGAGGGGCGGUAUCAUUUAAUUUCUCAAAUUGUAUGUCCCCCAACUUCAAGUUAGUAUGAAAUCCUUGAAGAGUCUUCCUAGCUGGGAUCCAAGAUAUUAACUUUGUAAAUUGGUUUUCAAAUCAUCCUUGAAUGAAAGGACCCACGUAAGAUCUUUCUCCUAUUAAGUGGUAAAACCAGGACUGAAACUGCUUCUCCUAAAAGUUGAGUGUUUAUUCUGAUUUUGUUUAAUUUGUGUGUAAGUAGGUACUGUUGACUUAACCAUUUGUACUUUACUUUUAAGUUAGAAAGUUGUUCUACUAUAUUUUUUUUAUAUCAUAUCUGUAGUUCAUACUUUGAAAUAAUUACCCAGUAUUAUUUUGCAGUUCAUAAUUGAUUGAGUGGAUAUUGUUUAGUGCAAUUGCUCCUGGAAUUUGCCUAAAUGUGAACAUCAGCUACAUGAACAUCUUAAACUUCAGCAGAAAGCUAGUGUUAUGUGAAUAAUUAACACAUGUUCCACUCAAAUAUUAAUUUCAGAAGAAAGUAUAAACUUAAUAGAUAUAUUUAAUAAGGCUAGUUUGAAUCAAUCUGCCUUUAUGUUCCCUGACCCCUCCAAAACAGAUAUUACGUGGAAGGUAGUGCAUGACACACACCGAUCCUUUGGCCAUGUUUGUUGACACAUUGUGUUGUGUGUUGGCUGACCACUGGCCUGUUCUACUGUCAGUUUUCUUCAUUUAUUGUAUUAAUAUAAAUGGUAAAAUAGUCAAUUUAAAAAUUUCUGUAGUAUGGGACCCUUUUCUACCUUUUAAAUUAUUGUUAUAAAGUUAAUCUAGAUUUUAUGGUCCUUACACUUGUGCAACACAAAAAUAAACACUUUGCCUGGCGUUGUCAGGUACAGGUGGCACUUGGAAGCAGAUUUUAGGAUUCUACCUCCCAUUAGCUGUGUGAUACAAGCACUAACUUCUACCAACUAAGAUUCGGUAUUUUAAUCUGUUUAUAGGGAAACAGAUUUUGUCUAAAGCAUUUCAAAGUCCUAAUAUCGAGUACUGCACAAGUGUCAAUGAUUUAAAUAAAACCGUUCUCAUGUCA